GCACGUGUGAUUACAGUAACUCGCUUCACCUGCAAACACUUUCAGAUCUUCACUUGAAUUGAUUGUGGUUUCUGCAUUUCUUUAGUGAACUCCUCAAAGUAUUAACCUGUCAUUACGGUGAUCGUGUGGAUCUUAGUCCCAAAAUCAUGGACAGAGUUGACAUUUUCCGGAAGUUGUCUACAGGGACGCGGUUUGACAUAAAGAAAUUCAACAAACAUGCUCUUAAAUUUCAGAUGACCAGCAAGGUUCAUGAAUCUGAACCUCCUGUCGUCCAAAAGCCACAGGUUAUAUUUAAGGAAGAGGAUGAGUCUGGGGAUGAUUUUGAUUUGGAAAGCAACCAUUCUUUUGAAGACAGUGAGGAGGACGUCGGGGACGAAGAAUUAGAUCACAGUGAUGGUGAUGAAGAUUCAGAAAAUUCUGAAGACGAAAAAGUCCCAUUGAAUGAAAAUGAUUCUGAGAGUGAGGAAGAAGAGCUCACUUUGAUGGGAUCAAUCAAAGCUGGCAAGGAUGGGAAGCCAAUCAAAAAGGCCAAAAUCAAAAAAAUCAUUCCAACAGAGGAUAAAUCAAAAUUGCAGCAUCAAGAAGAGGUGAACAGAAAGAGAAAUUUGCUUAAAAUGAGUGUGUGGACUAAAGAGAAGAGCAAAGAAGAGUCCAAUUCCGUGCCUGAGCCAGUGGAAACGUUCAACCAGCUAUCUGAGCGCUACGGCCUGACGGAGGAUCUGCAAAACAACAUUCUGAAAGCUGGCUACUCAGUACCAACGCCUGUCCAGAUGCAGGCCAUCCCAGCCAUGAUGGAGAACAGACAGGUGAUGGCUUGCGCUCCAACUGGCUCGGGAAAGACAGCUGCUUUUCUAAUUCCACUCAUCCAUCACCUGAAAGCUCCAUCUGGAGUUGGCGUCAGAGCAAUUGUCGUUGCUCCAACUAGAGAAUUGGCUCAGCAGAUCCACAGGGAGUGUUUAAAACUGGCAGAUGGAAGGCGGUUACGGAUACACUUGCUCAACAAAGUCAAAGAAUUGGUCAAAAAAUCUGGACCUGAAGGGAAAGUCAAAGCUGAUAUUUUGAUUUCAACUCCAAACAGACUAAUUUACCUCUUGGAGCAGGAACCUCCAGUAUUUUCAAUGAAAAGUGUUGAGUGGUUAGUUGUCGAUGAGAGCGACAAGCUUUUUGAAGAAGGAAAGCAAGGCUUCCGAGAGCAGUUGGCCAAACUGUACACUUCAUGCGAGAGCACCAAAGUGCGUCGAGCAAUGUUCUCAGCCACCCACACAAAUCCAGUCGCCAAGUGGUGUCGAAAGAACCUGGAAGGCUUAGUGUGCAUCAAUGUCGGCGUGAGGAAUUCUGCUGUUGACCUGGUCGACCAAGAGUUGAAGUUUGUUGGUACUGAAGAGGGAAAACUCGUGGCUUUCAGGACAAUGGUGCAAGAGGGAUUGAGCCCUCCUGUUCUGAUCUUCACGCAGACGAAAGACCGAGCUCAGCAGCUGUUUCAAGAGCUCAUUUAUGAUGGAAUCAAUGUGGAUGUGAUCCACGCAGGAAGAACGCAGCAACAAAGAGACAACACUGUGCGCUCAUUCAGGGAAGGCAAGAUUUGGGUUUUAAUUUGUACCGAGCUCUUGGCCAGAGGAAUCGACUUCAAAGGCGUCAAUAUGGUCAUCAACUAUGAUUUUCCUCCGUCAGCUAUCAGCUAUAUCCACAGAAUAGGGCGAACUGGAAGAGCCGGUCGGAGGGGCAAAGCUGUCACAUUUUUCACCACUGCAGACUCUGGGCACGUGAGAACCAUUGCAACUCUAUUGGUGAAUGCUGGUUGUAAGGUCCCAGACUACAUCAUGAAGUUGAAUCGUGCUUCCAAAACAGAGAGAAAAGAAAGGGCAAUGAAAGCACCUAAGAGGAAACAAAUUUCAACUGAGCCAACCUUUGAAAAAGAGAAGAGAUUGAAAAUCAGGGGAAUUAUUAAGAGGAAAAAGAAUGAACAGUCCAAGAGUGGCAAUCAAAUGAACAAGACCAGCAAGAAAAAUUGAAAUUGCUUUCAAAAUAAAAAUAAAUUUGUAUUAUUAAUAA